CAGAGACGAGCAGCGUAACCAGAAGGGGUGACAACAGAGACGCAACUCCAGAGCUGUCUGACAGGCCCUCAAUCAUGAUUCCACUUCUCAUUACUAUACUGCUGGUCUCAGGUCUGGUCAGUCUCUCCUCCUCUGUGCCACGUCAGUUCCAUGUGGUGAAGGAGCAGAAGAACUGGACAGAAGCUCAGCAGUACUGCAGAGAGAAGUUCACUGACCUCGCCACCAUAGACGACAUGACAGAGAUGGAGAAGGUGAAAAGCAUGAUCCAUGAAGCAGAUGCUGGAAAUGCCUGGAUUGGGCUGAAGAGGGGAGACUGGCAGUGGUCUCUGGCCGACAGGGAUUUCUACAAAGAGAAUGAAGCAGAGUUCAGGAAAUGGGAUAGUAACCAACCACAUAAAAAUGGUGAAGACUGUGUGGCUAUGAAAGCAAAUGGAAAAUGGCAUGAUUUCACGUGUAAGACUAGCCAUUCCUUCAUCUGCUAUGAUGGGGGAGACUCCACACAGCCCUAUGUGCUGGUUACUGAGGAGAAGAACUGGACUGAUGCUCAGAGAUACUGCAGAGAGAAUCACACAGACCUGGCCAGUGUGAGGAAUCAGGAAGAGAACAAUAAGAUACAGAAAGUGUUAAACGAUCAUGAAGUUACAGGAAAUAGAUAUUUCUGGAUCGGCCUGUUCAGAGCUAACUGGUCAGAGUGGUCAGAUGGCAGCAGUUCCUCAUUCCGCUACUGGAACACUGGAGAACCCAAUAAUGGCAAUAUGAAGGUGUUCUGUGUUGAAACUCGUAAAGCUAUCGGUGGUCGGUGGAAUGAUGCAGAUUGCAGCUGCCUGAAGAGCUUCAUCUGCUAUGAAGACAAGCUGGUUCUGGUCCGUGAGGAUAAGACCUGGAGAGAGGCGCUGCAGUACUGCCGAGAGCACCAUGUGGACCUGGUGUCUGUGACGUCUGAGCGGGUCCAGCGCUGGGUGAGCAGGCUGGCUAAAGGAGCCUCCACUCCUCACGUAUGGGUGGGCCUGCUCCACUCCUACGGUGUGGGCUGGUACUGGGUCUGUGGACAGACCGUCUGCUACAGCAACUGGACCCAAGGGCACGAGCAGGUGGAGUCCUUCCAUCAAGGAGUCGGGGCAGUGGAGUCUGGAGGGGGGCAGUGGGUCGGCAACCUGACUAAGACUGACCAACUCAACUUCAUCUGCACCACUGAGGAUGGUUGUGACUGAAUUCUCCAGUCCUCCAGAGCAGCGUUGAAACUCCUCAGGGUCCUCCUGCUCCCAUUCAUAUUCACCACUCAUUUAAUCACAAGCAACUUCACUACUACUAUCACAUCCACUUCAUUGUGUUACUAUUACCAUAUUCAUUAUUUCCUAUUACUAAUAGCUCAAGAUUUUUUACACAUUUUAAUACGACAAUUUGUUUGUGUUGUUUUUGUGAGCAAUGAUUGUGUGCAGUUUGUCAACUUUCAAAGCGUAAUACUGUGCUGAAUGUUUUUUUAAUUUUUUUAUUUACUUUCACAGCAAUUACAACCAUACAACAACAACAAAAAAAAAACACAUAUACACACGCACAAACAAGACAACCCUUCACCCCCUUUACUCCCCAAUAAGAAACAGCCAUCCAGAUAUCGAUAUGUAUAUUCUAGCAAAUCUUACCCAGGUCUUCUAUUGAUCCCAUCCUUCUGCCUCUUUACUUUUGACCCAUCUUUCAAUAUAUUGUUUCCUUUCCAUAUCAUAUGCCAUUAAGCACUCGGUCAUUAAAUAUGACCUAACAUAUUGCAUAUUGCUGUGCUGAAUGUUUGCUGUUCCUGACAUGACUAUUUCUGAUUAGUAUGAUUAACCUUUCUUAUCUGAAAGUAAAUUUAAAAUUAAAAAAAAAAUGGCUACUAUGUUAACUCCAAAUAAAAUUACUUUGAUCAGCU